UAGGUGGUGGAACAAUUAAAUAAUCUGUGACUCUGUGUCCUACUUUUUUAAUACAACAAAAAGAAAAUGAUCAUGGAACCAGUUGACCAGACUGGCAUGCUUGUGUCCCAAAUUGGAGUGGUUCUUCUGAAGGAUCUGUAAUUGUAUGCUCCUCUUUCUCUUUUUCGAUCCCUUGUGAGGUCACAAGUGGAGUCAGUUAAUGGCACAGGUUGAGCAUAGCAUAGCAGCUUCACCUGAUCACACCAAGAAAUUUAACUGCUAGUUGCUAACUUUGGUUUAUUUACGCCACAAACACACCAACCCUUUUCAUUCAUUCAGUUUGUGUUGAUGUGUAGAGUCCUAUUCUUUGAUUCUAAAAUCACGCAUUAUCCGAAGCUUGAAUUUUCCACUCAGUUUUAGCAAAAAAAGAAGAUGCCAAUAGUCAGUUUAGGCCAUUGGCGGACCUAUAUAUAUAAUUCAGAGUGUGCAAAUUUUUGUGUUUUGCCCCCUCUAGUUUAUUAUAUUUGAACCCACUAUUCUCCAUUUUCUCACUUUCCCAUAACACUAGCAACAAGUAAGCUUUUUUGCCUCCACUAAUUCAGGAUCCUGCAUCUGCCACUGGUCUUCAUCAUCAUCCAUCCACCAUCAACAAGAACAAUUCCUUUUUUUUCUUCAAUCCUAAAACUGUAUACCCCACCCCAACCUAUAAGGCUACACACUCACCUCUCUCUCUCUCUCUCUCUCUCUAUAUAUAUAUAUAUAUGUUGCAGCAAGUACAAAAUAACAAAAUGAAGUUCCUUCACUCAAAGGUUCACACCCCAUGUUUAUGUUUAUUCAAAGUUCAGCACUUACGCAGAAGGGGUUGAAAUCAAAGUACGCAUAAGUGAUCAGAGAUGCGUGGUUUGAAGCUAACUGAACGUUUCAAGAGCACUCAAGUUCAUGCUCUCAGUUCUUCUUCAUCAGAAACAAAUGGUGGCAAUAGCAGCAAAGCCUCAGUGGCUGCUGCCACCAAACCUCACAACUACCUUAAGAGAAACAAAACCAUGUUACCAUCAUGGUCAAAAACCAAAUCCAGAACUACCAACAACAACUCAACCUCAUCACUAGCAAACCUUGCCCUUCUUCGCCUACCUUCGACCGACACCAUUGAACCAUCCAUAGAACCUCACCUUAAGCCCAUCAACCUUGUAGAGACCUUAUCAGAACUCUAUCAUCGCAUGGAGUGUUGUACACAGUCCAACAAAGCCUUAAUGUGUGCGGAACAGUACUCUCUCUUGCGUGGCCUUGGUGAUCAGAAAAUACUCAGAAGAUGUCUCAGGACAGCAUGUCAAAAUGCUGAGGAUGUGCUCUCCAAGGUUGUGUUGUCUGCGUGGUUGAGGUUUGAGAGGAGGGAUGAUGAGCUAGUUGGUGUGUGUUCAAUGGAUUGUGCUGGUUAUGUUGUUGAGUGUCCAAAGAAGAAUUUGGAACAUGGGUUUAGUCCUUGUUCAGUUAAUGAUCACUGCCAGUGUCAGAAAGAGCCAAAUCAGGAAACCUGCACUGAUAGUGUGUGUUUGCCAGACGAGGAAAGUGAUGUUUUGUUCUGUGUUGGAAGUGAAGAAAUCAGUUGUGUUAGGUGCAGGAUAGCUGCACUUUCAGACCCUUUUAAUGCUAUGCUCUAUGGUGGCUUUGCUGAGUCCAAAACGAACAAGAUCGAUUUCUCAGGAAACGGGAUAUGUCCAAAGGGGAUGAGGGCAGUGGAGUUUUACAGCAGGACUAAGAGAUUGGACCUCUUCUGUCCAAUGACUGUUUUGGAGCUGCUGUCCUUUGCCAAUAGGUUUUGUUGUGUGGAGAUGAGGUCUGCCUGUGAUGCACAUUUGGCUUCAAUUGUUGUGAAUGUUGAAGAUGCAUUGGUGCUUAUUGAGUAUGGAUUGGAAGAGAGAGCCACCCUUCUUGUAGGGGCUUGCUUACAAGUGUUGCUUAGGGAGCUUCCAAAUUCUCUAUAUAAUCCAAAGGUGGCAAAAAUAUUCUGUAGUUUUGAGGCAAAGGAAAGGUUGGCCAAUGUGGGGUGUGCUUCUUUCUUAUUGUACUACUUCCUGAGUCAGGUGGCAAUGGAGGAAAGCAUGGUAUCUAAAACCACAAUGAUGUUGCUGGAGAGAAUGGGGGAGUGUGCUGCAGAAAGAUGGCAGAAGGCACUAGCAUUCCACCAAUUGGGGUGUGUGCUUCUUGAAAGGAAUGAAUACAAAGAAGCUCAACAUUGUUUUGAGGCAGCAGUUGAGGAGGGUCAUGUUUAUUCUUUGGCUGGUGUGGCCAGAACUAAGUACAAGCAGGGUCAACCAUAUUCAGCCUAUAAGUUAAUUAGUUCUCUCAUAUUUGAGUAUAAACCAGCAGGGUGGAUGUAUCAGGAGCGUGCACUGUAUAACAUGGGAAAGGAAAAGAGUUUUGAUUUAGAUGUUGCAACUGAAUUGGAUCCCUCUCUUUCAUUUCCAUAUAAGUAUAGAGCACUAGCAAAGGUGGAAGAGAAGAAGAUAAAGGAAGGAAUUAUAGAGUUAGAUAGGUUUAUUGGAUUCAAACUCUCCCCUGAUUGCCUAGAAUUGAGAGCUUGGUUGUAUGUUGCACUUGAGGACUAUGACAGUGCAAUGAGAGAUAUUCGGGCGCUGCUGACCAUAGAACCGAAUUACAUAACUUCACAUGGGAAGAUCAAAGGGGAAUACUUGCUCCAACUUCUAAACCGUGGAGUUCAGCAGAAGUGUCAGGCUGAUUGCUGGAUGCAGUUGUACCAACAAUGGUCUUGUGUAGAUGAUAUUGGUUCUUUGGCUAUUAUACAUCAAAUGCUAGAGAAUGAGCCUGGAAAGAGUGUGCUAGAGUUUCGUCAGUCUCUCCUCCUAUUGAGAUUAAACUGUCAAAAGGCUGCAAUGCGCAGUUUACGAUUGGCCAGAAACCAUUCUAGCUCAAUGCAAGAGAGGCUAGUUUAUGAAGGAUGGAUCCUAUAUGACACUGGAUAUCGCAAAGAAGCAUUGGCAAGGGCUGACAUAUCCAUUGCAAAGCAUAGAUCAUUUGAAGCUUUUUUUCUAAAAGCAUAUGUGUUGGCAGAUACAACUCUGGAUCCUGAAUCUUCUUCCUACGUUAUUCAGCUUCUAAAAGAAGCACUUAAAUGUCCUUCAGAUGGUCUUCGCAAAGGACAAGCAUUGAAUAACUUAGGGAGUAUUUAUGUGGAUUGUGGUAAGCUUGAGCUUGCAAAAGAAUGCUACAAGAAUGCUCUUGCAAUUAGGCACACAAGAGCUCAUCAAGGUGUGGCACGCAUUUAUCAUCAGAAAAAUCAAAGAAAAGCUGCAUAUGAUGAGAUGACCAAGCUAAUUGAGAAGGCAGAGAGCAAUGCCUCAGCAUAUGAGAAAAGAUCAGAAUACUGUGACCGUGAGAUGGCAAAGGCUGAUCUUGAUGUUGUAACUCAACUUGAUCCUUUAAGGACCUACCCAUAUAGAUACAGGGCAGCAGUGAUGAUGGAUGAGCAAAAAGAAACUGAAGCAGUAGAAGAACUCACUAAGGCCAUAAAGUUCAAGCCUGACCUGCAAAUGCUUCAUCUACGAGCAGCAUUUUAUGAAUCAAUGGGGGACCUAUCAUCUGCUCUUCAAGAUUGUCAGGCGGCUCUUUGCUUAGACCCAAACCAUGCAGGCACACUUGAUGUAUAUCGAAGGAUACAAAGAUUGAACUUUUAAUCUUAAAGUAUAUCUGCAUUAGAAAGAUAAAAUGUGGAGAUCUUGGUUGGACAAUGGGGAGUUCCCAAAUGACUUUUUUUACCUCAGAAAUUUCAUGACGAUCAUCUAAGAACAAAGGUAGAAUGGGAUGAUUCAGGUGUAAAGCAUAAGAAUUUCAGACUUGUAGCUCUCCAUCGGUUUGAUAUGUAUUCUCGUGAGCCAUAUUUAUAGAAUUUGUCUCACAUUAUUUAAACAUCCUCUUGUACAGUUAGUGUUAUAAAGAGAUUCAUACAACUUGUUUCCUACAAUAUAGAAAUCAUUUUCCUGCUUUUA